GGGUUUCGCCUGAGUGACUCGUAAAACAUUUAUUGCCGACAAUUAUUUUCACAGAACGCAUCGAAACCUAUUGCGCAUCGCAACUGUAAAAGACAGAGCUAGAUUUACUUGAAUGGCAAAAAGGGGACAGCGGAUAAGCAAACAGAAAAGCGACGAGGAGAACGCUACAAUAACAGAACCAUCAGUAGAUGAAGAGGGCGAGAUGAAAGGAGUAGGAGUAAACUCGAAAAUUGAAGAAAAUUCUAAUAUAGAAGAGGAGAAAGUCAGUUCAGAGACGGGACCUCAGCCAGGGUUAUUAUGGAGACUUUCUGGUGGCGUUUAUAACAAAGCGGCGAAUGUGGUUGGCGGAGUUGGCUCGGUGGCUGGUUCAGCCAUUUCUACGACUUGUAGUGCCGUAACUACAGUCGGAGGUUAUGCAAUAACACCGUUUAGAAAGACACCAAAGGAUAAGUCGGACUGAAUUGUACUUUGGACCCAAAGACUGCAAAUAUUCGAGACAAUCAUUAUCGUAAAACGACGAAGAUUUCCUUCCCAAUCUCAAGAAACUGGAAUUAUGUUGAUCACAUUUUCAAAAAGGACAACCGAUGGAGUUAUUCAAAGGAAAAGGUAAAAAAUUCCAUGCGCGAUUUUAAAAGGAAUUUUUUUUUCGACCUUUAUACAUGCCACGUACACUAGCAAGCGAUGAUUCCGCGGCUGCGAACGAAAUCUAAUGACGCUCGAGCGAUUAUAAUUUAUUAUAGUGAACACGAAAGAAGUCAAUAUCACAAUUUUUAUAUAGUGGAAGCACAGAAAUUUAAAAAACUAGUUUGAUAAAAUACAUUACAUUUGAAAUCUGUUAGAGUCAUGAAUAACUAUAAAGUGAAAUUCGAUAACUAGAUGUCUGAUCCUUUUGUUACACAGAAUGUCUUUGUGCCUGUCGAAAUAUAUUGACGAAUCGCUGCCGUACUACACGCUGUCGUACUAAACGCUAGAUUAAAGGCAUUCAUUGUUAAUUCAUUCUAUAUUUAUAUAUUUUUUUCUUUGUAAAAAGGAAAUAGCAUGUUUUUAUGUUUUUGAAGCGGGUGGCCAGUUUGAAACUGCUUUCAGGGAAUAUGUAAAUAGAAUAAAAUUGUUUAAUAAAAAGAAAGAACUUCGCGAGGC